AAAAUAUUAACCUCAAAUAUUCAGUUUCAACAUAACAUUUCCCCAGAAUAUUGUUCCUUUUAGUACUCAAGUAUUUACUGUUUACUUGUUGUGUCGAUCGUUUCCAUCCCGUUCUGCAAAAAUGGUUGAUGACAAUGCCCCCAAAAGGCUCCCGGCCGUGCCGGAGUCUGUACUCAAAAGACGCAAAGCGCGCACAGCUUUCAAGCUUAAGUCAUUGAAGAAAGCUAUUGAGGAACGUAAAGAACGCGUGAAGAAAACUAAGAAGUAUUUUAAACGCGCCGAGGCUUAUGUUAAGGAAUUUAGAAUGAAGGAAAGAGAAGAAAUCCGUUUAGCAAGAAAUGCAAAGAAGGCUGGUGACUUUUAUAUUCCCCCAGAACCAAAAUUAGCAUUCAUCAUGCGUAUUCGUGGUGUAAACCAAGUAGCUCCAAAAGUGAAGAAAGUGUUGCAACUGUUCAGAUUACGUCAGAUCAACAAUGGAAUAUUCAUCAAAUUAAACAAAGCAACAUUAAAUAUGUUGAGAAUUUGUGAACCAUAUGUGACUUGGGGAUACCCUAACUUGAAGAGUGUGAGGGAAUUGGUCUACAAAAGAGGAUUUGCCAAAAUCAAGGGACAACGCAUUCCAAUCACUAACAAUGAAAUGAUCGAAAAGAAAUUGGGAAAAUAUGGUAUCAUAUGCACGGAAGAUUUAGUUCAUUGUAUAUAUAGAGCUGAUCGUCGAUUCAAGUAUGCAAUGAACUUCCUUUGGCCUUUCAAAUUAAACACCCCAACUGGAGGCUGGCGUAAGAAGACCAAUCACUAUGUUGAAGGUGGUGAUUUUGGAAACCGUGAAGAUACCAUUAACAAGUUACUGAGAAAAAUGGUUUAAUUACAAUAAAUGUUUUACAAAAAUUGUA